ACACUGGAAAAACUGAAGACUACAGGACAAGGGGAAAGAUGGACAUUAGCAGCAAGGAGGCUCUGGUAGAGGCGCCUCCGAGGUACACAGCCUCCCCUCGGCUUCCCUGCAUUCCCCACCAGGUCAAGUGUCUCCUGAUUGUUGUGGUGGUGCUCGUGCUCCUGGUUGUGGUGGUCGUGGGCUUCCUCCUGCUGGGCUUGCACAUCACUGAGAAGCACACAGAAACGGUGUUGCGAAUGACCAUCCAGGGCCGGGAUGGGGAGGAGUCCCCACAGCAGCUCUCCAUGAGCAGGAAGGAACGAGCAGGGACUUUCUAUGUCAAGGAAGGCAUCAACUCUUCUGCCAUGGUCGUGUACGACUACAACAAACUGAUCAUCAGCUACAGAUCCUGGCUGGCCCAAGCCUGCUACAUCACCAGGAUGGACAAGGACAACAUCCAGGGCCUGGACGCCAUCACCAAGGCAUUCCAGUAUCACCAGCUCAAGCAGGGCAAGGAAAAGGAGAGCAAGGGCUUCCCUGUGCCUCUGGCUGACCGCUCUAUUUUAGGCACCACUGUCAACAUCCUCUGCAGCAAUGUUCCCAUCUACUGGGCCUAGCAGCUGCUCAGGCACCGUCGAGGUCCCAACCAGUGCCCCAAAAAGAGGGGUGAUGCCCUUGCCGCUUCCUGCCUACCUGCAGCUCCAGGUUUCUCUUCUGCUCUGACGGCUACGUUUGGCAUGCAAUCACAUGGUGGCACAGCCCACUGCCUGCUGGGGCUGGGCACUAGCAGCCACCGGAUUGCCGUUGCUCUAAGCACUGCGAAGCAGUUGAUCUGCUGUGAUUCCUAGCAGCUGGGCUUCCAGGGGGGAGCUUGCAAUGCAAAGAGAGGGGACUGUUUGCUUAUGAACUGAUGCUUCUGUUUGAAAAUAAAAAGCGCCA